CCAACCCAAGAGGAAAAUGAGCUAAGUCUGGCGGGCUGGGCAGAGAAGUGGGCCGAACCCAACCAGAGGCAGCAGGGUCGGACCAGAGGUGGGCGACCGACAAGGAUGGGUUCGGGUCGCAUCAGAUCGGUCGAACCAGUUGGACCAACACCAGUCCGACUGGUUGGACCUAACCGGGUCGAACCAGAAUUGAAUCGGACCGGGACAACCAACAGCAGGGCGAGCCGAAUCGGGGGCUUCCUAUGGGCGGUCGCGGAUCGUGUAGCGAGGCAGGAGGCUUCCAACCGUCGCGCAUGGGGCCGGACGGACCGGGACGAGUAACCCAGGACUCGAGGAGCUGGUAUACCGGGCAACCCCGAGGAGAGGAGGGAGCCGAGUACGUGAACAGAGGUCUGAAAAAUUCCCAUGGUGGAAGGUAUGCUGGGUAUGACCGCCUUAAUGAUGUGGAUGAUGACUUAGUUUUCAGAGCUAAGCCUCCAACCAUUGAAUUUUCGAAAUUCAAUGGGCAAGAGGAUGCAGGGUUAUGGUUGUAUGCAGCUGACAGGUGGUUUAAGAACCACCCGACUCGGGAGGAGCGGAAGGCGCACCUGGCGUCCUUCUACCUGGAAGGUGACGCGCUGCAUUGGUGGGAAUGGUUAGAGAGGUCGUACGCUGCUACGCGAACUCUGAUCACGUUGCCGAUGUUCCAGGAGGAACUUUGUUAUCAGUUCGGCAAAUCAGAGGGAUGGGGUCCCGAGCAGCUAGCUAAGUUGAGGCAGACCAGAACAGUGGCGGAGUAUCGGUCGGAAUUUCUCAAGCUGGGGAACCAGUGCAAAGGGGUUCCGGAAGAAACACGGGUGGGAUUAUGUGUGGCUGGCCUAAAGCCAGAGAUCGCGACAGCUGUCCGGGUGUUUGAAUCUGACUUGGUAAGAACUGCUUUCCGUUAUGCAGGUCACAGGGAGGAAGAACUUGCCAGCUGGAGAAGCGUCAUCGCCCGUUACCAAAGGUCGAGCGAAGGGGGAAAUAGCAGUGCCACGGGCAGUGGGGGAGGUAGCGCGACCGCUGGGGCGGGCACCGGAGCUGUAGGAGGGAAUCCACCACCAACGGCGGCGACAGGGCCAAGACCUGGUCCUCGCCCUCCACCGAAGGGCUUCGUCAGGCUGACACCUGCUGAGAUGGAACAGAAGCACCGGGAGGGCAAGUGUUUCAACUGCAAUGAGCGGUUCACCUUCGCUCACCAGUGUGCGAGGCCAGAUGUGACUCUUUGAGAAUUAUUGGAGCAAAUUGGGGGUUAUUUAAUAAGUCGGGUAGCGGUAGAGAAUUAUCCAUUUUUAUAUAAACUACUUGUACGUGGGAAUUAACCACUAAGCAAGAUUAAACCCUAAACACUCUCUAAUCCCUCUCCCUUCCCUGCUGCCUCGGCAGCUUCUUCUUCCUCCCUCACCUCACAAUUUCCUAUCUCCUUCUCCCUUACCAUUUUCCCAAAGAAAGAGCUAAUCACUCCCUCAGUGAUUCGCCUCUUUUCUCCAAAUUCCUAGAAAUCGAUAGAACCUAAUUUUAGGUUUCUAUCAAUUCAUUUUUAAAUGUAUAUAAUAUUUGCUCAUUCUCUCAUAUAUCAACAUAAUACCGACCAAAAACAAUAAAACAUGUCAUUUUACGACAACGGAUAGACCACUUGUUUGCAUUGUACCAAACGAUGCAAACAUUUCCGAUAUAUUUGUGUACCAUACCGGCGUAGUUGCUGUCUUGCUAAUAGUUUUUGUAGUUAGUAUAGUAACAGUAGUACCACAAACCAUGGAAAAAAUGGGAGGCUGAUUCGGGCAUGCACAUGAGGAAGAGGGCACAUCAUGUGCUCACUUCGCCCACUUGCUAUCAAUUACAUUGGAUUCGAAGCCAUUUAGAAGAACAUGUUCAUUUUCCGCCCAACUCUGUACUAGUCUUCCCUUCUUGGGCGCGCAUGGCGCCAACCCACAUGAAUCCCCUGAAAAAAACCGAGUAUAAUAAACACUCACAUGCCUU